CCACACAUCCUCUCUCCGAAGGAUGCUCUGUUGCUGUUGCUGUGAUUUUCGGGGCCAAUGUUCAGCUGUACAGGAGCACUAAGCCAAAUCCUCCACCAUCAUCAUGUUUUCAUCGGCGCAGGAGGAGGGAGGGCUGAGUGCGAGGCAAAGUGGGGGGAGAGAUAGACACACACCGGGCCUAGUCGCCACAUCUUUUCAUGCGAAGGAGCUGCGCCGUUAAACCACCCGUUUUUGGUUUCCCAAACCAACUACGGCCCGGGCCUCAGUCCGCGGUCUCGAGUUUGAUAGUGGGCUGUUAGAGACGAAGGAACGCCGGCUUGACGCUGCCAAGCAGCCCCUGCGCCCCAACCACCAUCAUGGGAGACAGCAGAGAUUCUCGCAGUCCAGACAGUUCGUCUGUGUCUUCCCCUCCCUCGGGCCAGCGCUCCCCGCCGCUGGUUCCGUCUGCAGCUUCCAUGACUUCACUGCCACCCAACACCACCACAGGGGUCAACAGUCCCAUCAGUAGCAUUGGUUCUCCCUUUUCUGUUAUUAGCUCAUCACUGGACUCACCCUGCCUACCUGGCACACCGUCAGUGGGAUAUGGCCCAAUUAGCAGCCCCCAGAUUAACUCAACAGUGACCAUGUCAGGGCUCCAUGCAGUGAGCAGCUCCGAUGAUGUGAAACCUCCUCUUGGCUUGAAGCAGCUGUCUUCCCACAGCCCAGGGCCAAUGCUUUCUCAGAAACGCCUUUGUUCCAUCUGUGGAGACAGAUCUUCUGGUAAGCACUAUGGCGUCUACAGCUGUGAGGGCUGUAAAGGCUUCUUCAAGAGAACAGUGCGAAAAGACCUAACCUACACCUGUCGGGACAAUAAAGACUGCAUAGUUGAUAAAAGACAGAGGAACCGCUGCCAGUACUGCCGCUAUCAGAAAUGCCUGGCGAUGGGAAUGAAGAGAGAAGUGGCCAAGAUGAACGACAGAUCUGUCCAGGAGGAGCGGCAGAGAAACAAGGAGCGCGAAGGCGAGGUGGAGUCGACCAGCGCAGUGAAUGAGGAGAUGCCUGUGGAGAAGAUUUUGGAAGCUGAGAUGGCUGUAGAGCAAAAGACGGAGCUUCAUGCAGAUGGAAGUUCAGGCGGAAGCUCUCCCAACGAUCCGGUUACCAACAUCUGUCAGGCAGCAGACAAGCAGCUCUUCACUCUGGUGGAGUGGGCCAAGAGGAUCCCUCACUUCUCUGAGCUUCCUCUGGAUGACCAGGUCAUCUUGCUCCGCGCUGGCUGGAAUGAGCUCCUGAUUGCUUCCUUCUCCCACCGCUCCAUCUCGGUGAAGGACGGCAUUUUACUGGCCACUGGCCUCCAUGUCCACAGGAACAGCGCUCACAGCGCAGGGGUCGGAGCCAUAUUUGACAGGGCGAACAAUGCUGAGGUUGGGGCCCUAUUUGACAGGGUUCUGACAGAGCUUGUUAGCAAAAUGAGAGAUAUGCAAAUGGACAAGUCAGAGCUGGGUUGCCUUCGAGCUAUCAUUCUCUUUAACCCAGAUGCCAAAGGUUUGUCCAACCCCAGUGAGGUGGAGCUUCUGCGAGAGAGAGUUUAUGCGUCUCUUGAAGCGUACUGCAAACAGAAAUACCCUGACCAGCAGGGCAGGUUUGCCAAGCUCCUCCUCCGACUCCCAGCACUGCGCUCCAUCGGUCUAAAGUGCCUGGAGCAUCUAUUCUUCUUUAAACUGAUUGGUGACACGCCCAUUGACACCUUUCUGAUGGAGAUGCUCGAGGCGCCUCACCAGCUGACUUAAGGGAGCCGCGUUCAGACCGGUCAGGAUCCGACGCACACCAGGAUUACCAACACGGCCUCCAGCGUCUGCUCGCUGGCUUCUCCUGCUGGGCCUCGCUAAACUGCAGCACCGCUGGUUUUAUUCUGCCAGCUUUUACACCCAAACACACACACACACACACACACACGUUACCCGUCACCAUACGCUUCAUUAUGUGUUCACGGACAUACAGUCACACAUGCACCUGCAGUUCUCCGAAACGGGAUACCUGAACUGAAAAAAGAAUCUUAACAAAUACACAGAAAGAGCUUGAAUUUAAUAAUUGCUAAUGCUCACACACACACAUAGACGCAUGGAUUUUCAUUAUUGUUUCCUCAGUUUUCUUCUACAGGAGUAUUGACUCAAGAAAUGAUCCCACACAUACAAGAAAAAAUGUCUUAAUUUAAAUUAGACGUUAGUUUUCACAUCUUCAUCUCACAGUGGGAUUUUGCUUCUGCAUAACUGGUGAUUUCCUUUUCUUUUCACUUUGGUUACUUACAGUUGCUGCUCGCUGCACCUCUGUCUCUUAUAUUCAUAACUAGCUGGUUAGUUAUUUAUAUGAUUUUAGCUGAAGAUCAGGUGCAAAGCAUUUGAAUCAACUGUCCAGCGUCACAACAAAAUCUCCUUUUAAGGACUUGCAAACACAUCAUCAAAGCGAUUUUAUUCAAUCGGGUAAACAUAGAAAUAUUGUUUUUUUUUAAAUAGUCAUGCUGAAACUUGUUUGAGUUUCUAUUUUGAAGUACUGUACUCAUGAAAUGAGCGCUUUUUAAGGCAUUGAAAUCUAGGAAAAGGGGGCUGGGUGUGCUUUGUUUAACAAGCGAAGCCGCUCCAACCCUUACGCGCACAGCGGGCUUUGUAAGAAAGGAAGAAUGACUUGAAUAAUUUGUUUCUUUUAUUUUUAAGUUGAGAUUUUAUCUCUACUUCGGCAGAUGUUUGGCAUUUUAAGGCGCUUGAAGCCUACAGGAAGUAAAGCUUCACGCAAAGAUAAAAGUAUUUUUUUCUUUUAUCUUCUGUUCCCCGAACCUCUCUUCUCUUUUCUUCUUUUUUCUUUUCUCUUCUCUUUUCUUCUCUGGUGGUCAUUUAUGCACUUUUGUGAGUUGUAACUGUGUAAAUGUUCCUGUUCCCUAAAAAUGACCAUCUCUUCCAAACACCUAAGAUGAACUUGAAGGUACUAAGUGUAGGGUUUUCUCAUUAUUGCAUAUUUUUUAAUCUUUUAUGUUUAACCUGGUGAGUGAUUGCUGAGUUUCGGUGCAGAUGUUAGUGAAGCAGCCUUGUGGUUAAACAUUUUGUCCGGCAAUCUUGAUGAGAGUCUGCCCUAAUGACCAGCACAGAUUUUACCCAGUGGCCAUGAAAGAGGAAAUUUUUCUCUGUGCCCUGAAAGUAAUCAUGUGGAUAAUUGGACAGCUUGUAUCUGAGUGUGUGGCCUUCUGGUCAGCAAGUCAGUGAGGAAAUAAAUGCGUCCGACGUUUGACUGUUGAAGUGACCUUGGACUGUACGCUGAAGAUGUUUGAAUUGAAUCGACGUGACUCUACUGUUGUUUUUUAGAAACGAGGUGCUGAAAGCUUUGCAACGAAGCAUCAGUAGAGUUGGAAAAUGUAAACAAGCUGAAAUGAUGUGACAGUGGAAAAAGUUUUAAUCUCACCUGAUAGGCGAUAUUGACUGUGGCGAGUCUGCAGAUCCUGGAAGAACCAACGGUUUAAAUGUGGUCCACACGCAAUGAAUGAAUUACAUAGGACCUCUUGAGUUGUGUUGCAAUAAUGAAAUCCCUUUAUGCUCGACAGUAUAAUGGAAAUCCUACACCUACUACCUGUGGAUUUGGACGUUUUGCUGCGUGUUGGCUUGAAUCUUUUUGUACAAUAGCUGUAAAUAAUACCAAAAAACGAACAGAGAAGUCAUGCAGAAACGAUGACCUGCUCACACUUGUGAAAUACGUGGCUUCAAGAAAUUUAAAGCUCUAUUUUUUGCUGUUUAUGAAACAUCACGUUUUUAUCUCUUGAAAUCACGAAACAUGAAACUGACCAGGGCCAAAACCACACCUCAUUGCUGCUUUUUUGCACCAGCUUCUGCCAGUUUAUUCCUGUCGUUCCCAGUAACUGAUUGGCUGGAUUUUUUUAUUUUUUAUCUUUUUUGUUGACAUUAGCUCUUGACAUCUACUGUGAUUGAAAUUUGUGAAGAACCGAAUCAGUGAAAAAGUCAAAUGCAGCUACAAAGUGUUUAGAAGAAAACCCUCCACACACCCUUGAAUGUGAGCAAUACUGGGAAACACAGAUUUACUUCCCUUUCAUGUAUUUAAAUAAAAAAAAGUGUUGAUAUUCUAAAGUAUAUUUAACCGCCUCUUUAGCCAACAUUUAAUAGAAAUAAGAACAUUUUGCGGUGUCAUUCUAGUGAAGAGGUACAGCUGUCUUCUUCCAGGUGCUAAAUCAUCCAUGGUCUUUUAAAGACCUGCACAUUCACAUCAAUGCAAAUACAGUAUGCAAGAACACAGACAAAUCAACCAUUCUCCCUCUCUAUUAGAUUUAUUCUGAUCUCCAUCGGCUUUGUUGUAGAUUUUAAGUUGUGGAAAAUGAUUUCCAGCUGUGUUCUAGUAGAGUUUGGCUCUGCCACUCAGAGUCAGACCCGGUUUUAGAGACAAGCGUAGGAAGCUGCGGGGUUUUGCCGUCUAGAGACGUUGUUGGCGUCCAGCCCAGCAGAUGACCCUGGUGUUCCUCAGAGAAGGUGUCCGGCCUCCACGUCGGUGUGAUGCUGCGGCUGACCUGUGAGACAGGUGAUUUAUUUUAAUCAUGGGAGAAAGUUGGCGUAACUUUAACCUUGUUUCAGUUUCCUUUCAUCUCUGCAUACGUUUGGUCAAAUUAGUAGCGUUUCUAUUAUUUGCGGAAAAAGUCAGCUUUUUAUGCAACAUUGCUGACUCGGACUGUUGGCAAAAGGAAAGCGAGAUGAAGGUGAACUUAUGAUUUAGGUGAGCUUCCGGUGUCUGCCAGCCUUUUUUACUGUGUAGUGUAGAGUUUGUGCUUUAGUAGUGUGAGGAUAUGAGCUGAUGCAGGUUUUGAGUGAGACUGAUUCUGUAGCUGCUGAGCUUUUAGAUCUGUGAUCUAGAUUAGAAACAGUCGGACUGAGGACAGAACCCGAGGAACCCAAAACGAGCGUCUCUUUAUUUCUCCUCUCCUUGUACCUCAGUGGUGAAGCUGACUGUUGGAUAACUGCCUGCAUGAGUUCUGUCCUCUGACUGUUUGAAGCUUUUCCUUUUGGAGCUUCCUCUCUUGAAUGUUUGAGCCUUCGGCUACUGCACAGCGUUCAGAACCAGGGAUGAAAACAGUGAUGAAGGCAAACUAUUUAACACGACUCAGAUGAUUAAGCAGUUAUUCUGCAACAUUUGCAUUAUAUUUCUGUCUGUUACAUGAUAUUAAUUAGGAGUAAUUUACAUUUCUCAUCUCUCCAUACGACAUGUUUGUUUUGCUUUCUGUCUUUUUGUUAUCUAGCUGAGAGCUUAGCUUUGAGUGAUUUAUAAUCAUACAGUGAUAAAAGCUAUAGACUCAGUGCGGGUUCUUAAGCUAAGUUACGUCCAGCUUUGCUGAGCAGGAAAACUCUUUAGCAGAGCUGGUGGUUGAGCGUUUAUAAAAUAAUGUGUGGCCAUGUUUUUAUGCAUUUGUUCAUUAAUCUGCAGCUACACGUUUUAACUGGCAGAAACUGUAACUUUGGUUGUGAUGUGCUGAGUGUUGUUGGGUGAAAUCGCGGGUUGUUGGAAGUAUAUUUGAAUUUUUAAGCUGUUAUGUUGACCUGAAGCUUUAUUACAACAACCCGGCCUCCUGGAGUCCUUUUGCCCCAUCUCAGCUGCCAUAGCUACAGCUUCACUCACCCGCUUUGACUUUGCCUGGGAAUAAAUAGACUUGCAGCUUAAACCUCUGGUUGUUGGACUGCUUGAGGAUGUGAAGCUUUUUCUUUGAUGGGAAGCUGUUGUGAAGAGGAUUCAGAGCUGCGUGUCUCUCUUUGCUUAUGUUACUUGACGGCAGAGCUGCGACGAUCCGCGAUCACCGGGUGAGACCGCCGAAUCGCACCGCCCCGCCCACAAAUGUUUGUUAUUGCAAGUGUGCACUCAAGGCAGGCGCAUGCUGCCACCUUUUUUAGACUGUGUAGCAGCAUUGCCGUCGCCAUCUUUGUUACAUUUUGAAACUUCUUGUGUUUUUAUGAGUAAAUAUUUUAAUUAAAUACUUUUUUAAUCUGACUGAAAUUGAUGGUCGUGCGUCGAUUGGACACGAGGGUGGCGUUGUUGCACGUCUUCUGGAGCCAAGGCCCGUGCUGGUUUAAUCAGAGAAGUUCAGUGUGUGCUAUGCAGCCUCCAAACUCACCACCCUCACAGUUUUCAAUCACUGCCAAGCUGUUUGCAGCCAUCUUUAAUGUAGGGCCACUAAGUCCUUGUCAUGUGUGUAAAUUGUGAUUCUUGUGCCGCACAGUGAAGACGGUGCGCUAACGUUAGCCUAAGUAGUGCGUUUCUGAACAGAGGCCCUGAUAGGAAUGGAAAUAGCAGCUUGUGUGGAGAGGGUGGACCUGGGCAGAGACGUAGACCAGGGUGUGGACCCCUCUGGGUGCUCAAGCUGAUCAUUUGGUGCUUUUUAUAGGGUCCUACAACCUGAGAACAUACAUAUGAGUGAAAUACAAAUAAGGAACGAUUAGAUAGGGAGAGACUAACCCUGGGCCUGAUCUUCUCUGUUAGGUCGGUGUUGUGAAUAUUGUUGGGAACUAUAACCUGUCAGAGAAGCAGAGAGAAACUAAUGAAGGAACCUAACAGGAAGGACUGAUUGAAUAUAGCAUCUCUCCUGGAGGAUGAGGGGGUUUACGGCUUGGAUUUAUGGAGCUCUGAUCAGAAACGAGGGAGAAAACGGGGCAAGGACUUAAAUAACUUGGAUCAAGUGUUCAGUUAUUGAUUGAGAGAAAAAAAAAACUAUUUUCCAGUAGAUCUCGGAUCUUCCUUAAUCGUUUACUCUCCAUCUUAAAACUUUCACACAAUGCUCUUCGUCUUGUUUCUCGUCUCCAUCUACUCUGACUAUGCUGUCCACCUUUUCUUUGUUACAAAGUAUUAAACAAAUGCAAGAACUGACAACAAAAAAAAUCAGAACUGAAUUUGUCACUCUUCUGUUUGAUUUGUCUGUUUCUCUCUCUUGUGUCUGUUCUCUGUCCUGUUUGUAUUCUACUCCAUUUUGCUCAUGGAGCUGAUUGACUAUUGUGUGCUUUGGGGAUUGAAAGAAGAAAAAAAUAUGAAUAAUAUUUUUUUUUGUUCAGUCAUUAAUUCUGAAUCUUGUUUCUGUUUGUUGUAUAAUGUCUGAGUAAAAGUUUUAAUACUGUA